AUGUCAGCUGUUCCUGGGUCCACUGCAAAAUCAUCUCGAGGAUCCACACAAAUGGCAAAAGGCAUCAACGUAUCUUGCACUUACCUUCAGGACGAGCAAGGGAAUCCUGUCUCUGCUCAGUGUGCCAAGGCAAUCCGACAGCUUAUGCUAUCAAGCUUUUGUCAACUCGAGACACAAGGUCUCACACCUGAAUCAAUCAGUCAAGCCUCAUUGCAAGUUUUACAUUGGCUCACUCACAUGCUAUGCAAACAAUUCCUCAAACUUCAUUUAUGUGCUGACAACUGGAAAUCCAUGAAAUUGAUGAUAGACAACUACUCUCAGUGGUAUAACUACCAUGUCAAGAGGAGAGGUAUGAAACGCAUCAAGUCCGAAGAUAUCCCUCUUGCUGGCGAUGAGCUGUGUGAGAGUUCUGUCGACACCUUACCUUCCAUCUCUACAUCAGAUCCCUUGUCUUCCAGCAACUACCUUGAUCUGAUGAUUGACCCAGCGCUUCAAGAACCACCAACUAAGAAACAGAAACUCAAGGAUGCCGAGAACACCACCAGUGAAGCGCUCCCACAACUAGAGAUCCCAUUAUCACCUGCUGAAAUUGACGAACCUGCUCUACCGUCCCUGUCCUUAGCAAAUGAGAAGCAAACAGAGACUCUUAAUGUGGAGGUCAAGAAUCCAUUGCAGGAUUUGUAUUCAAACCCACAACCACAACAUCCUCUGCACCUACUCCCUUCUCAUCCAGGCCUUCCAGGAUGCCGCCAUGGAGUUACUGGCCACAGAGAACACCGUCACAAAGACCGCAAAUACGAUUUCGAACACACAGCCUGUCAAGACACAUUAGCCAAGCUUGAAGCCAAUAAACUCGCACUGAUACCUCUCAUCUCUAGCAACAUAUGCGCCCUUGAGUGGCAAAAAAACGGUCACCACAUGAAGGAGGAGUACAAAAGCAAGGCAACUGCACAAGCUCAUUCUUCUUCAACACAGCAGGCCAUCGAUGGGGAGGAUGCGAUCAAUGUUGAUGAGUAG